AUGUCUGGCCGUGGAAAGGGUGGCAAGGGUCUCGGAAAGGGCGGUGCCAAGCGCCACCGCAAGAUCCUCCGCGACAACAUCCAGGGCAUCACCAAGCCCGCCAUCCGCCGCCUCGCCCGCCGCGGCGGCGUGAAGCGUAUCUCGGGCCUUAUCUACGAGGAGACCCGCGGCGUGCUCAAGAUCUUCCUCGAGAACGUCAUCCGCGACUCCGUGACCUACACCGAGCACGCGAAGCGCAAGACCGUCACGGCGCUCGACGUCGUGUACGCGCUCAAGCGGUCAGGGCGCACGCUCUACGGUUUCGGUGCUUAG